GUCAAGAGAUUUGGUUUGGAACUGGACCCUAAAUUACACCCGCGCAGGGAUUUGUGGGAGUGAUUCAUACAGCGAUGACGUAGCCAUGCACAACCGGAUGCUCAAGCUGUUCGGAGCGCUAGUUCUUGUGGGACUAGCACUGGCGUGCUUAGCUUCCUGGGUGCUGGAGAGCUAUGACACCUCCUGGCACCCCAAACGGAGUGUUCCGCAGUUCAACGCCGUGGAUGGAGAGGAGGCUAGGACAUGUCUUCCUCCGUAUCCCGGCGGCGAAUUGGAUAACAUAUUCUGGUUCGUGCAGGUGUCUGACAUUCAUAUCAGUCGAUUCCAUGACAAAAAACGAAUUUAUGACUUUGAGAAGUUCUGCACUAAUACCGUUGAAGUGAUCCAACCUGCUCUUGUGCUCGCAACAGGAGACCUGACGGAUGCGAAGACCGAGAGCAAGGUGGGCUCCCUGCAGCAUGAGGUGGAGUGGCAGGCCUAUCACGACAUCUUGAAGAGGUCUCGGGUGCUGGAACGCACAAAAUGGAUUGACAUCCGCGGAAACCAUGAUGCCUUCAAUAUUAUUUCCUUGGAUAGUGUCAACAACUACUACAGGAAAUACUCAGCCAAUCAGAAAGUUGGCUCCUUCCACUAUGUCCACAAGACUCCCUUCGGCAACUACUCCUUCAUCUGUGCUGAUGCAACCAUCACCCCCGGACCCAAGCGGCCGUACAACUUCUAUGGCAUUCUCAACCAGACUCAGAUGGACCUGUUGGCAUCCUUCAGGACUGAGAGCCACAGCAGCAACCAGACCAUCUGGUUUGGACACUAUACCACUUCAACGGUCAUCUCCCCCUUUCCAGGGCUGAGAGGUGUGAUGAGCUCGGCUGUAGCGUACCUGUGUGGUCACCUACACACUCUGGGUGGCCUGAUGCCUGUACUACACAGCAGACACCCCGAGGGCACCCUGGAACUGGAGCUAGGUGACUGGAUGGACAAUCGCAGGUACAGAGUGCUGGCGUUUGACCACGACCUGCUGAGUUUCAUGGACCUGAAGUUUCAGCAGUGGCCUGCAGUACUCAUCACCAACCCCAAGGAGGCGCAGUACCUCCAUCCUGGAGUGGAGCCACUGGGGAGAAUACAAAGCUCUACCCACAUCAGGAUCCUGGCCUUCUCUGAUGCCCCGGUCACAGCAGUUCACGUCAGCGUGGACGGGGUGGAGAUGGGUGAAGGCCAGUCUGCUGGAGGUCCUCUGUAUGUGGUGCCAUGGGAACCCUCACUCUACCUCGCUGGGCUGCACACUGUCACUGUCAAAGUGAAGGACGCGGUGGGGCGGUCGACUUUCCGAGAACAGCUCUUCACCCUGGAAGAGGACCUCUCCCCCAGCUUUGGUUUCUUCCAGUCCUUCAUCCUGCUCACUGACCACUACAUUCUGGCCCGGGUAGCCUUUGUCGCAGGGAUGCUGCUGAAUAUUGGAGUGCUUGUGGCGUUCAGGUUCAUGCCUCUGCCCUCUGUCAGAGGGUCUUCCAGUCUGUCCUCUUGCGCCUGUCUGUCCCUGCACUUGGUCAGUAAAGCAAACACUUUCUACUACUCUCUACUGCUCUUCAACCUCUGCACUGCCUUAGGUCCCUGGUUCAUAGGAGAGUUGAUUGAUGGUCACAGUGGGGCUUGCUUUGCCUUCGGAGUGGUUAUCGACGGACACUUCCUCGAGGGAAGUCUCACUUAUGUUGUUGGGGUGGGGCAGCUGCUCUUCUUCAACAUGCCUCUCACCUGUUACCUGUGCUGGAGCCUUCACCUGCGUAGUCGUGGUAACUCCUUCCGCUCACACUUCUUGCGCCCAGGCUAUCGGUGGAAGACUCUGGGGGUGCAUACAGCCAUGUUGCUGCUGCUAGCCUGGCAGGGAUACUCUUGUUACUUCCUGCUGGAGACAUAUGGACCGCUGGCCUUCUUCCUGUCCCCAGUCCGCACGUGGGCAGUAGGGAUCGCCCUGCUAUUGGUCUACCGCGCCUGGAAGGGCCCCGCCCCCUGUCUCCGUGACGACAGCAAGACAACCACAGCCUCUUGACGGUUGCACUUAUUUUCUUUCUACUGGGGGAUUCUCUUAGUUAUGGCAAACUACAUUGGCUCUACUUUUCUAUCCCAUAUUUCAAACUACUCUUUUGUGCAAAGUUGUUUCUCGCUCUCCCUUCAAAGCUACUUUCCCCUCAUCGUAUUUCCCACAUUUUUAAACAGUUUAAAAGUAGUUGUUUCAUAUGCAUGUUAGUGUAUUGCAUGUGUAGACCACACCCCUAUACACAGUCAGCGCAAUGGUGUUUGUACAGUGAAGACACUAGUUCAGUAUAUAUUGUGGAUAGAAUUGAUUGUUCAGCCAAUGACUGCUGUUCCUCAAAGUGGAUUGAAGAGUCUCUCACCGCUGUAUUCUGCUGUGGUAAACGUAUGUAUUAGUUGCCCACUUGAGACUUGAUUUGUAGCGGUUAUUCAAUUCAAAGUGUUGCCUCGGCCAACUGCCACAUCACCACUGCCAGAGGAUACAUAAUCAGUCCUGCUCUGGCAGGUUUUGUAUUUGGUUAUUGCACAUAGGUAUCGCAGACCAAUCACCCACCGGAGGUAGUUUAAAUGUUUAUUUUGAGCUCUGAGAAUCUGGCUUAAGAUAACAGCUGUUACUCAGGAAUGGGAGGACUUGAACCAAAAGACUGAUGACCUUUUUAUAUAUUCAAUAUUAGCUCAGUGGUGAAUCUAUCCACUUAAAGCAUGUUAAACAAUCAAUGCUAAAUAAUAGCAAGGGUGCAAUGACCUGAGAUUGUGCGGUUUUCAUUUUUGUAUUAUUUCCUUGGUGAUGGUUAUUCUCUAUUGAGAAGUUGAUUUGGGCAGCUGUGUGUUAUGUAUAGAAAGCAGAUAUUUUGGGGAGUUUCAGACCAGCACUGGGCGCUCGACUUAGACAGGUGCCGGAGCGUCACAAUAUUUGAGCUAAUAUUCUAAGAGGAACAUGGAGCUCAAGCAAUAGAAAUGUUGAGGUGAGAGCACCUGCCAAAGUCCAGCACUACUCUGGACUCAGGUUGGGGGUUAAAUUUCUACAUUGAAUUAAGAAAAUUGGAAUUUAAGUUAUGACUAAACUUUACGGAUGUCACAUUGCUUGUGGGCGGUGCUAUGGCGUCCACACCAAGGGUUGAACUGUCUCUUUACCACGUCCCAUUGUCCUCAUUUCCCCUAGGAUGGGAUCUUCAGUCAGGGAGUUGUGGUUCUCCUUUAUAGAAUGUAUCAAAGUUCAUAUUGGUCCCAUGUAUCAGGGUUUAUUAGAGCAUCGCACAAGAUGCCCAAUGCCGAUUAUGAAGUGGAGAUUAGAGGUUUCAUGACUUAAUUGUCCAGAGCUGUACUUUUUAUUCAUGGUCAGCUUUAACACCAGAAUGUAAAGGGUUGGCUGACUCAGUUUCACCAGCAGUUGCCCCAAGCUAGGUAGGUAGCCUGGGUGCCAGUCUGAUAUUUUGCCAACUCCUCGUCAGGCCAAACAUAAUUCCAUAAGGACUUUGCAUGAGAGCAGAAUUAAAACUGGCAUCUGGGCAGAACAUAACCACUACUUUGAUGUUUGCUGUAAUGUUACUCAUGAAAUAGAUUGUGGCAAGUGUAAAAUCAGAUACCCAUUUUCAAAUUGAUCAUUGAAAUGAAGAAUGUUCAGAUUUUAUUAAUGGUUUAUAGUGCUGUGAAAUAAAUUGUUUAGUCAACUGGAAUGAGAUCUAAGACUUCAUUGAAUUCUUUGCAAUUUAGCAUGUUGAUAGUUAGACUGUCACAGAUCGGUUAAGUAUAUUACAAAGGUUAUAAGAAAAGAGACAUUCAGUACAGUGUAACUACAAAUAAUUUUAUUCAGUCCAUCCAGUUAUUGUCAGUAUAGAAAUCAAAGGCAGGAAGUAGUGUGUUAAAAAAAAAAGCUUGUGAUUCCAGUAGCUUCUGAUGGUGCCACCAGGGAUUUGAAUCAAUCUGAUAUUUUAAUGAUCUGUUUACCAAUGUUUCCUCCUUUCAUCAUGGAGCAAAAGGCCACUGCAAAAUAAAGUAAAGCUCAAUUCUCA